AAAUUUCUUUUCUGAUUUUUCUAAAUUACUUUGAAAAACCAAUGCAGUAAAAAAUAUCAAAGAAGUAGUGUUUGAAAAUCUUCAAGUAGGGUAAAUUAAAUUUUUAGCAAUAGCUUUAUGACAGUUUGAUAUACGAAUGUUGCUCACAUAUUAGGUUUAUCAUAAAAUAAACCCAUAUCGUAGCAUGAUAUUUCGAAAACUAAAAAAGUAUGUAAAUUGUGGUCAGGCAAAGUCUAAAUAUAAAUUCGAUGAGGUAUACGGAAAACACAGAAUAUUACUGGUUACCCUUAUUUAACUUAUCAUUGCUCAAAUGUCGGAUCACCUUCCGGUUUGGUUAUUUCUGCAAUACUUUGGUCAUUGUUCGACAUUGCGAGAUAUGAUGCGGGUUCUCACUGCAAUGCGUAACGAAUGAGCAGCAGUUUUGAUAUAUAAUGCAUGACACUCCACCGAUCUAGCAUCAGUUUAAGUUAACUUCAACAUGAAGGCAGCAAUUUGCAUUUUGCUCUUCGUUCUCGUUGGAUAUAUUCAGGCAAGGAUCACUUACGAUGAUGUACUUAAAGCCGAAUUUGAACUCUUUAAAGUGGAGCAUAAGAAAAGCUACGAUAGCAAAUACGAGGAACAACUGCGUCUGCAGAUCUUUAAGGACAACAAAAAACUGAUCGACAGGCACAACAAGCGCUAUGUAGCUGGAGAGAAGACUUACAAGAUGGGUGUAAAUAAAUUCACAGAUUUGACUCAAGAGGAAUUCAAAAUAUCUUUGCUCUCAAGCCUUAACUCAAAUCAUUCUCUAGAAGGUAUCGAUUAUAUUUACAAUCCUUCUGCCAAGGACAGCGUUCCUAAAAGCAUUGAUUGGCGUACUUCGGGCGCUGUAAACCCAAUUAAAGAUCAAGGUCAACACUGUGGAUCCUGUUGGGCUUUCUCUGCUGUGGGUUCACUGGAAAGCCAGUAUUUUAUAAACAAAGGGCGGAAAGUAUCCCUGUCCGAGCAAAAUUUGGUGGACUGCUCAAGAGGCUUUCCCUAUAACAACAACGGCUGUUCCAAUGGCUCGACAAAUGGAGCAUUCAAUUAUAUUUGGAACAACGGUAUAGAUACUGAAAGCUCUUAUCCGUAUGAAGCAAGAGACGACGAUUGCCGUUACAAUAGGAACUACAUUGGAGCAAAAAUCUCGGGAACUGUGCAUGUUGAAAGUGGAAAUGAAGACGCAUUAGCAUCCGCCGUCGCCAAUAAAGGACCCAUAUCAGUAGCCGUCGACGUCAUUUACAAGUUCCGACAUUAUAGUGGUGGCGUCUUCAAUGAACCGUCGUGCUCUCAACAUCUGAACCAUGGUGUAGUUAUCAUUGGCUACGGCACAGAUUCAGUUGGAGGAGAUUAUUGGCUGGUGAGGAACUCUUGGGGUAAGAAUUGGGGAGAAAAAGGAUACAUUCGCAUGGCUCGCAAUCGCAACAAUCAAUGUGGUAUAGCAAAUAUUCCAAUUUUUCCGUUAGUGUAAAGGCCCUAUUGUUUUAUUUUCUUUGUAAAUCAAUAAUUAUAAAAAAAACUAAUAUUGCACAACAUUCCCCAUAUUUUAAACAUUUGUCAAAUAAUUUUCUAUAUUGAAAUGUUAUAUACUGUACAGAUUGAACGUAAAACUAAAGUCAAAUUCCUUCAUUAAAAAUGUUCGAUUUUAUUACGCAUUCGCAUAUAAAU